GGAAGGACAUGCUGGUGGUUCAGUCAAGCUGUCUUUUACUACACAUCUGUACCAAAGAUAGUGCUUAUACUCCUUCUAUCCAGGAUGAACCACCAGGUUUCAGGAUCUGAUGACACUGAUUGUCCGGUUGAAAUCCAAGUGAAAAGAAACUCCCAGUACACAGGUUAUCUUGGGAGCUCUUUAGUUAUACACUGUCCAGUUCAUUACCGCAGGGAAAGACCCGUCAUGAAGUGGUGCAAGAUCAAAGGGAACGAAUGCGUGCUGCUGAAGGAGAGCAGAGUAGUGUGGACGACCCACGAGAAGUUCAUUCUGGAGUUUUUCUCAGUCCAUCAUAACGACAGUGGCACUUACCGUUGUCGAGCGACCGCAGGCGCCUGCUCCAGCGAGAGCCAUGGGAUAAGGGUAGUUGUGGAAGAAAAGUCUGCAGACAUUAUGACAAGUUCACCAGAAAAUAUCACUGCUAUCUCAGAAGAAUCCCAAGAAUCUGGAAAUGACAAGAUAUUGCACAUUAUUUAUGCUGCAUUAUCCGUGCCUAUAUGUUGUCUACUCAUCCUCAUAUGCAUAUUUUGGUGUUUCAGGAGAUACCACGCAAAGCAAAAGAGAACUCCAUUAACCCCGCAGAGACGAGCCAGCCUGGCCAGAGCUCCAGCAGCUACCCCACACCACGCUGCUGGGACAAGUCCAGCUUCCCAAGAAAGCUCCUCACUCUAUUGCUCCAUGGCGAGCCUACAGCAGCUCUCCGGCGGCAAUGCAGUUUAUGACAACGAUGUCCCUCAGCGGGAUGCGCACAGGGGAGCUCCCAAAGCACCUCAUACCAAUUCUGCUAUCCCUUCCACGUCAGCUGUACCCGAAAGCCAAGACGUCCUCAUUUAUGCUGCACUAAAUCAUCCUGCCUCUGCAGAAAGAUGCCAAAGAAGGGGGCCAAUGGUAGAAAAUGAACUUACUGAAUAUGCCUCCGUUAAUGUGAAAAAUAAACCUGUCCAGGACUCCUCCAGUCACCCACUCUGCAUGCGGUCUCAGGUCUAG